AUGGAAAGAUAUUUGAUGAGGACUGGAAAAGGGACAAGUAUGCAUGGAAGUGUCGGAGGUGGAAGAGCGGCACAUAAGAAACAAUGGGACCUAAUAAGGCCAUGCAGUGUGCCGGGGGGGAGCUACAUAAAAGCGCGGGCUCGCGGAGACUCUGCACCACGCAGGGGAAGAGAAGGCAGGAGCAGUCCAGCGCGGAGGAGGGCGACCAUGGCCAAGGAGUGGGGCUACGCCAGUCACAACGGUCCUGACCACUGGCAUGAACUUUUUCCAAAUGCCAAGGGGGAAAACCAGUCGCCCAUUGAGCUGCAUACUAAAGACAUCAAGCAUGACCCUUCUCUGCAGCCAUGGUCAGUGUCUUAUGAUGGUGGCUCUGCCAAGACCAUCCUGAAUAACGGGAAGACCUGCCGAGUUGUAUUUGAUGAUACUUAUGAUAGGUCAAUGCUGAGAGGGGGUCCUCUCCCUGGACCGUACCGACUUCGCCAGUUUCAUCUUCACUGGGGCUCUUCGGAUGAUCAUGGCUCUGAGCACACCGUGGAUGGAGUCAAGUAUGCAGCAGAGCUUCAUUUGGUUCACUGGAACCCCAAGUAUAACACUUUUAAAGAAGCCCUGAAGCAGCGUGAUGGGAUCGCUGUGAUUGGCAUUUUUCUGAAGAUAGGACGUGAGAAAGGCGAGUUCCAGAUUUUCCUUGAUGCAUUGGACAAGAUUAAGACAAAGGGCAAGGAGGCACCCUUCACAAAGUUUGACCCAUCCUGCCUGUUCCCGGCAUGCCGGGACUACUGGACCUACCAGGGGUCAUUCACCACGCCACCCUGUGAGGAGUGCAUCGUGUGGCUGCUGCUGAAGGAGCCCAUGACCGUGAGCUCUGACCAGAUGGCCAAGCUGCGGAGCCUCCUCUCCAGCGCUGAGAACGAGCCCCCAGUGCCCCUUGUGGGCAACUGGCGCCCUCCACAGCCUAUCAAGAACAGGGUAGUGAGAGCUUCCUUCAAAUGAGGCUGCUGGAUCUUGCCCUCUUCAGGAAAGGAAACCUGCCAUUGGAGAGCUUGGUUCCUUGCCUCCUUCUGGUGCUCCUUACUCCAAGUCUAUUUCAUUUCUCCACACUGAGCAAUGAAUGUGAGAGAUGUCGUCACCAAGAAACCAAAGUUACUUUUGACAAGACCUAAUAUGAAAGCAUAGAUUUCACAUUUGAUCUCUGUAAUAAUCAUCUUUCCUAUAAAAGUAGCAUUUUUAGUAAAGUUUCAAAGAAGAAGAAACAGAGAUGGAAAAGUAAAGAUAUUUUUAAAAUGGCUAGCUAUUGGGCACCAGUUUUUCUGUUACCUAAAAUUUCACAGAACUUCAUUGUUUUUAUUUUUAUAUUAUGAGUUGUCCAUCUUAAAGAAAUAUGAGUAAUUCUACAUGUAGUAGAGGUGUAUGAAGAUCAUGUAACAAUUAAACAUAAACCAGAAAUUAAAAUGACUACGGACAGCAAGAACUGAGCUAAUAAUAUGUUUUAACUCAACACCAGCAAGAAGUCAGUCAUUUAUUGAACUUUUAGCUACUAAGAUUACAUGGUUUUGAUCAUCAGUGAAAAGAAAACGCAAUAAAAUCAGGAGUUUUCAAAUUUUUGAUUCAGUAUUUCAAUUUCUUCUUCAUAAAUGUAGUUGAAUUUAUCCUAGUAUUUUUCUUUACCUGAAGGAGGGCCAUUUAUUUUUAAUUUCACUACAUUUUCCUUUGCAUGAUUAUUAAAAUAAAAACUGCCUCUGUUGUCUUUCUCACUGGAGGCUGGAAUGAAUGAUCAUUAGAACACAAAACAGUGAAUGAUGGCACUUGAAGUUAAAGCAGUUGUACUGAUCACCAGAACCAAUAAAGACAUGAACGGAAAA